AGGCACUGGGCAACCAAAGUUGGCAUGAGUGUUACACAAAUCUUAAGGUGCACACAUAGCAGACACGCACCCUAGAGAAAAAACAAUCCUUCACCAUUCAAAAAUUAUAAAAUAUUCCCUGGAAAAAAAGACACUUUCUUUGAGUUCACAGAACAAUCCUGAAGCCAUCUCGACCCUCUUAAUGACCCCAGAUAUUUACUCUGCAGUUGAAGGAAAAACCUUUCCCAGUCGUUCUUUUCACUUACAAAUCCUUCAAAAGCUAUAAACAUCUCACAUAAAUAGGGGUAGAUCUGUGACAAUAGAUUCAAGAACUGAGGUAUUUACCAUUUCAAGGGAACGGCUCAGACUGGCCAGGAAAGGGCAACCAGCAAGCAUUGUCAGGUAUCAUGACAAGAGACAAGCCAGGAGACAAGACUGCCUCUUUCUGUGAGGUAUGUAUGAUGCUUGUUGAGUGGGCAGUGGUUUUCAACAAGGGUGCUGUGGCACCCUUUGGUGCCUUGAAUGAUGGUCAAGGGUGCCGUGAGCAACACUGGCCUCUGUCCCUCUUUCUCUCCCCCCCAUGCCUUCUUGCAUCCCUGCCUCCCAAAGGCUUGUGCAGCUGUUUGUUGUAGCACCCCUGGCUACAAGUUCCCCAGGCGAACGGUGCCUCUGGAACUGGCUAGGGGGUACUUCCCAGGCCCCUGUGGGGCAACAUGAGGAGGCACCUCUCUUUAGGGAAGGGGCAACAGCUGCGGCUGUUCAGAGGACUCCUAAGGAGAGGGGAGAAGAGAAGAGGGAACACUCCACAAAGGAAGGAGUCAGAAAAAGAACGAAAGGCUGCCAGUUCUGCUGGCAAGGGGUGACAUAGCUGGGCUCCUGAGCCUCACAGGGCUGCCACAGAAAGAAUGUAGUUGGUCAAGGGAGCUGUGGACUCAAAAAAGUCCCAGCCAGAUUUAGGGGGGGGGUAUAAAAAUAAAUUAUUAUUAUUAUUGUUGUUAUGGGAAAUUUCUCAAGUCUUUAAAAGUUGUUACACACACUUGUCUUGGCUCCUCACCUCCAUGCAACAUGUAAGGUGAGAAACUCUGUCACAACAGUAAAAUUAAUAUCUGCCUUGCUUUGACUGGUUCCUGCCGCCGCUCAUUUUUCUCUGACCCAUCAUGGAUUUAGCUCCAGCCCCAAGAAACUAGUAACUGAAAGGAGGUGGGUCAUGGGAAUUGAAGCGUACGCUUUCUGCAUACAACACACCCACUGCCAAGCAGCUCCAUCUCAUCUGCCCCCACCCCCAUACCACCCUCUCUCCUAAAAUAGACUGGGGUCACUGAGUCCUUCCCAGCAAUAGAAUUAGCCGUUCUGGAAGAUUCCUAAGAUGCUAUUAAUCCAGAGUUCAGAGUUAAGAAUUCAAAGGUCCCAAAUAUAAAAUAAACGUUCAUAAAUGUACACAGCAAACACAUAAGUAAGUACAGGGGUGCAAUCCUGUCAGCUUCUUUAGGAGACAACAAGAGUCUGCAAAGCAGGAUACAAAUAAUAGAAAAAGUAUUAAACUGUACAUUUCAAAGAAUAUAUAUAUAUCACCCUAGCGUUGUAUGGCAUUAACAUUGUUCUAACCACUAGGCCACACAGACUCUCCUAGAGCCUUGGCACUGAGGCCUGGAAUUCCAUGUUCUCAACUGCCGUUGCCUAGCAAUGGAGCUUGUGACCGUUUGAAGUUCCUCAGCAUCUCAAGGUUGGCAGAGGUGGCCUGUAGUGACCUUUGCACAGUCACUACAGGAGAGGAUGGCGUCCCAAAGACUCCUGGAGGUAAGUGGAGGUUGCCAUGGCCAGGGGACCUAACCCUGGAACCUAGAUUAAUGGUAUUGAAGGGCCAUUAGAAUUUUGUUCUCUAUAUGAUCCCAAAAACUCUUUUAGGCAUUUUCUCCUCUCUCAGAUGUUAGAGUAAAAAUGGGCCUCUCUCUCUGGAAUGUCUGGCUUAGGCGGGUAGAAGAUAAGAGCAAAGUUGAAUGAGUGUUAUUGUAACUCCAGACAGGGGGAGGCUGAAAAGGAGGAGGCGAACUGAAAAAAGGAGGAGGGUAACACAAGAAACAAAGCCCCAUCUUAUUGCUAUUAGUGUAAAUCACAUGUUUUACAUGUGAACACGUGUCUAUGCAUUCUAAGGGGUAUAAAAAGUGGGCGCACCCUUACUGGGGUGUGAAGGUUGCGAGCUUAUCGCUCUGUACCUUUGUUCUGCAUAUGCAUUUCAAAUAAAACCCUGUUAAUAACCUGCAAGGACGUUUUGCCGCUUUGUGUGAAUCUGUGCUCCGGGGACCCAAUAGCAGAUAUGGAACAGGUGCUACAGUAUCACCAAGUUUGGCAAAGAGCUAUCGAAAGUCAAAGAAAGGGUUGAGCUUUGCCCAAGUUUUUGGAAGGGGAGAAGGAAUGCCAACAAGGAAAAUUCAGUGUCCUAUACUGAAGUUGAUUGAAUAUUAUUUUGAACAGAGGAUUCCUUCUGAUUUAUGUACAUGUGAAUCUGGAAGAGACUUCAUUUCUAUUUAUACAUGCUGGAUGUUAUCUUAGUUCUAUAGUUUGGAAGGGAAAGGGGAAAACAGAAGAAGAAAAGAAAGUGUGAGCGGCUAGCCCAGUGGAGGGGAAGGGGGUACCGGGUGGAGCUGGUUUUUCUGCAGAGCUGAGGCAGGGAGCCCUGCUGCCCACCUGUCCACAGAGUCCAUCACAGGAAAGGGCUGCUCCCAGGUGCAGGCGAGGGAGAGACAGGAGCCCUGGCGGAGCUCUGCUCCUGGAGGAAGGACAGAUGAGAAACAGCGCCAUGGGCUCUGCUGAAACAGGCCAGCUCCCUCAGGUCUCCUCUCCCCCAACUCUUACCUGGUGGCAGCCAUUUCAUCAGGCUGCCUCAGUGGGAGAGAUGACAACAGCAUUUUAGACACUGGGUAGGGCCUGAGCUUGUGAGUUGUCUUUUCGUCUGCCCUCCUUGCCCCCUUUCUUUGUGUGUUGUAUUUCUGUUGGUCAGAUUGUUUCUUACAAUAGAAGUCUGCCAUUAGGGAGUUUCUUGCAUUUGAUUUCAUGGAAGGCUCUCUUGGAGCCUUUUUGGCUUAAGAGAGGGGUACAAAUGCUCUAAAUGAAUAGAAGGAUGAAUAAGGUCUCUAAGAAAAUGGAGGACAGAGAUUUUCGGUUUGUUUCCCAACCUACCUCAUCUGCGCUUUCCUGAUCAACACAAAAACAUGAAUGGGUCUGAUCCAUUCUUCACAUUCUGAUGUCCCUGUUUCUCUUUUCUCAUGGACAGGGAAUUGAUUUUGAUGAAGAUCAAAUAUCAGAAAUCAGCCUGGAAGAUGGGGAGGAUCUUCCUCCAAGGUAAUCCUGUGCUAAUCCUCUCCCACAUAAUCAAUUGCUUUCAAAAAAACAACCACCCGGUCCAUUUCUAUGGUGGUGGUGCUUGGGGUCUUUGAAGGAUGGGAGGUAAUAAAGCCUUUUUACAAAAGUGCUACUCCUCUCUCCCCUCAGCAUCCCAACCACAGGUUCUCCGGAUGCGGCUGAUCUUCCUCCUGAAAGCGUCAGCAAGGAACAUCUGAAGGCCAGACUUACGGAGGUCGUCGCCACGAUGAAGAGUGGGAAGAUCCGAAGGAAGGCGCUCCGAGAUCUUUCCGCCCUCCUGCAGAAGAUCCAGGAAUAUGUGAGUUACUGAAUAAUAAUAAUAAUAAUAAUAAUAAUAAUAAUUUAUUAUUUAUUAUUUAUACCCCACCCAUCUGGCUGGGCUUCCCCAGCCACUCUGGGGGGCUUCCAAAAAAAUAUUAAAAUACUGUAAUACAUCAAACAUUAAAAGCUUCCCAAAACAGGGCUGCCUUCAGAUGUCUUCUAAAAGUCUGGUAGUUGUUGUUCUCUUUGACAUCUGAUGGGAGGGCAUUCCACAGGGAGGGUGCGACUACCGAGAAGGCCCUCUGCCUGGUUCCCUGUAACUUGGCUUCUCGCAGUGAGGGAACCUCCAGAAGGCCCUCGGUGCUGGACCUCAGUGUCCGGGUAGAACGAUGGGGGUGGAGAUGCUCCUUCAGAUAUACUGGACCGAGGCCGUUUAGGGCUUUAAAGGUCAGCACCAACACUCUGAAUUGUGCUCGGAAACAUACUGGGAGCCAAUGUAGGUCUUUCAAGACCGGUGUUAUAUGGUCUUGGCGGCCGCUCCCAGUCACCAGUCUGGCUGCCGGGUUCUGGAUUAGUUGUAGUUUCCGGGUCACCUUCAAAGGUAGCCCCACGUAGAGCGCAUUGCAGCAGUCCAAGAUAACCAGAGCAUGCACCACUCUGACGAGGCAGCCCGCAGGCAGAUAUGGUCUCAGCCUGCGUACCAGAUGGAGCUGGUAAACAACUGCCCUGGACACGGAUUUACCUGUGCCUCCAUGGACAGCUGUGAAUCCAUGUUACAACAACUGGGCCAGGGGAAUUUUCCACUUCAAAACAAAUUUUGACCGUGGGAUUGACCUUGGGCUUCAACUAGAGUGUUAUGGCAGAUGGAAAAGAAAUGAUAGAGUUGCUUCAAGAGAAAACAACGAGGUCUGGUAGAUCUUUCCGCACAGACACUGGGCUGCAGCGAAGAGCAUCAGCUUCUGGCCCCUCUGCACCAUUAGGGGCUGCAUCUGUACAACCUAAACCAAAAGGAAUGGCAUCUGAAGAUGUUUUAGCUCUGGCACUAGGCAAAAUUAAUGAAUCUUUGGAAAAACUAAGUAAACAAGUAGCUGAAGCAUCAAUUAAAAUUGAUCAAAAUACUACAAGCAUUAAUAAUUUGGGACAGAAGGUGAAUACUAAUACAGAAACUAUUGGGAAACUGCUACAGGAAUCUACUUUGACCCAAAAGACAGCUGAAGAAGCAAAGGAAAUAGCAGUUGCUGCAGAAGAGAAGAUACCACCGAUACAUAGGCAACUUGAGGACCACAGGUCGAUGUUGUCUAUGAUUGAAUUGAAGGAGAAACAAACGAAUUUGAGGAUCAGGGCCGUACCUGAACUUGAGAAAGACAAUUUGAUUGACUUUCUUAUGCAGGAAUUUGCAGACUUUUGGGAUUUAGAUUUGGAGAAGGAAGAUUUUAAGAUAGUGAGUGCUUUCAGGCUUGGAAGAGGGGGGAAGAAGAACAGGAUGAGAGACUGUUUGAUCACCCUCCGAACAAAAGAGGAGAGAGACAAAAUCUUGAGUCUGCACUUUCAGAAGACUCUGGAAAUACAUCAGUCAAAAGUGGAGAUAUUUAAAGACAUCCCGAAACAUCUUUUGGACCUCAGGUCCAAUUACGGAGAUUUGGUCGCCCUGUUGAGAAGCAACAGAGUUAUCUUUAGGUGGGAAUUUCCCCAAGGCCUAUCUUUUAGCUUCAAAGGAAGAAAGAUAAAAAUAAGAUCAGUGGAUGACAAAGAAAGAUUUUUGAAAGAUCACGGAGAAGAUUUGCAGAAAGAAUCUGGAGAAGAGCUAAGAGCACUAUAAAGAGGAAUACCAGACAUAGCAAAACUACCUUUUGGACUGGACUGCUUAGAGAAAGCGAUACCACCGACAGAACAAGAACAAACACUUGGCGCAGUUGGAGGUAAAGCAAAGUAACUACAUCAUGGCUCUGCAACUAUUAAGCUGGAAUACUAAUGGUCUUAACUCCCCCCAGAAAAGGAAAAGAGUUUUUCAUUUAUUAAAAAAAGGAACAAUUGGACUUGAUUUGUCUACAGGAAACACAUGUGAUAAGGCUACAUAGAAAAGUAUUGAUCAACAAAAGACUGGGCCAGGAGUUCAUCUCAUCGGACAAAGUUAAAAAAAGAGGAGUAGUGAUUUAUGCAAAGGAGAGUUUAUCAACGAAAUUUAUCUUUAAAGAUGACCAAGGAAGAUUUGUGGCAAUUGAAAUUCAAAUACAAGGAGAGAAAUUUUUGAUAGUAGGAGUUUAUGCACCAAAUGAGGGGAAAUCUGAAUUCUUUAAAAAGUUGCACGAGACCUUGAUGGACUCUUUGGACUAUAAUGUGAUUCUGAUGGGGGAUAUGAACGGAGUGGUAUCUACAAAUAUGGAUAAGGCACAAAGACAGGUAGUCACUAAGGAUGGUAGACUACCGAAAACAUUUUUUGAGAUGACAGACAACUUGGACUUAGUUGAUAUCUGGAGAAUAAAGAAUCCCUUGGGUAGAGAGGGAACCUUCUUCUCUGAAGCCAAAAUGACAUGGACAAGUGUAAUGGGUUUAGGGGUUGCUCGUGCGUAAGUUGCCGCCACUCCUGGCUAGGUUACCUGGUUAACCCUUUCUGACUGAACAGCCUCCAGCAUCGUGACUGUCUCAGUCGCUGGCAGAAUCCGUCAGUGGGCAUUUCUUAAACUUUUUCCAGCACAAAAGUUCCUUGACGCCAAGUCUCCUCCUACUCUCCCUGCGCGGAAGUCUUCUGCGCAAGGAGGGUGUGGGCAGUGGAGUACCCGUAUUCUCUCCGCUGGUGUCCGGCGAGGAGUCUUGGAGCCUUCUCCCCAAUUCCCCCAUCUGCCCCCCUUCUCUACUGGUGUUACGCUGAUUUCCUUCCCCAGCAGACGGGCUCCCUCUCUCCCUACUGGGACCCUCUCCGCCAUCCCUUUGGAGCCUCCCCUCCGCUUCCAGCUCCGAUGGCAGUUCCCUGACAUCCAUCUCCCCCCCCCCAGGACCCCCCCCACCCUCGGCCCGACCUUCUGAUCCAACCUCAUCCCUUUCCUCGGCCAAUGAUGCGGGGAAACCCCUGAAGGAGCUGUCGCCAUCCUCUGAGGAUUCAAAACCCGCUUCCCACCCGCUUCGAACUCUUGCCGCGGGGUGGGCCUCCCAGUCUGAUUCUUCUCCCUCUGACAUCUCCCCUCCUUCCUCUUCGGAGGCAGGAAAACCCACAAAUUUCUCCUCGUCGUCUGUGGUUCCAAAUUCUUCCUCCCAGAAUCUCGCUAGUGGUUUUGGUUUGUCUGGGAACAGGCUGUGGAAUUCUUCCACUAGAUACCCAUCAUCGACUGCCUCAGCGGGGACCCAAGUGUUUUCUGACUCGGGUUCUCCUUCCCAAGCCACUAAGUACUCCACCUGGCGCCCUCACCACCUUGAAUCGAGUAUUUCCGUGGCUUGGUUUGGAGUUCCCUCUCCUCUACACGCGGGUGGGCGGUGACUCCUCCCUCCCGCCCCAGGAAUUCCCACCCCUCCCUGUACGGCGAGAGUAGGGACCUAUGGAACACCGGAUGUAUCUUCAUGCUGUCAGGCAACUUGAGCUUGAAUGCCACAGGGUUCACCUGCUGUGUUACCUCAAAAGGUCCCAGCCGCCUUGGCUGCAACUUCUUGCACCCUCCCUUUAGGGGCAACCCUUGGGUUGACAACCACACUCGGUCUCCCACCCGUAUGGCAUCCCCCUCCCGAAGGUGCUUGUCUGCCUGCCUCUUAUAAACUUCCUUGGCCCGCUCCAAGUUCAUCUUGAGUUGCUGGUGCAAUGCCUCCAUUUCUUCCACAAACUGUUCUGCCGCAGGUACACUCCACCCUUCCUCCCCCCUCCCCGGGAAGGCCCUGGGGUGACACCCAUAAUUGGCCAUGAACGGGCUCAUGCCCGUGGACACAUGUUCAGCGUUAUUGUACACAAAUUCAGCCAACGCAAGUUUCUCUACCCAAUCGUUCUGUCUCUCGCUGACGUAGCAGCGUAGGUAUUGCUGGAGUAUACUGUUCGCUCUUUCUGCUUGCCCGUUGGUUUCCGGGUGUCGCGCCGUCCAGAAGCCCACCUCUACCUGCAGCAAGCUCAUGAGCUUCCUCCAGAACCGGGAAGUAAAUUGUUUCCCGCGAUCUGAGAUGACCCUCGAGGGAGCCCCAUGCAACCUGAAGAUGUGAUCCACAAACAACUUGGCUGUCUCCUCUGCUGUCACCACAUGUGAGCAAGCUAUGAAAUGGCACAUCUUCGUCAGUAGAUCGACUACUACCAUGACUGCUGUCUUCCCCCUGGACUUGGGCAAAUCUGUCAUAAAAUCAAUGGACACCACCUCCCAGGGUCUUCCCGGCGUGGGUAAGGGUUCCAGUAACCCUGCGGGGGCAGCCCUCUCCCCCUUUACCCUUUGGCAGCGGUCGCACCCCCGUACAUAUUCCCGUACAUCCUCCCUCACCCUUGGCCACCAGAACUGCCUGGUGACGAGCAGCAUGGUUUUGUGCUGUCCAAAGUGCCCAGCUGUGGGGUUGUCAUGGAGUUGUUUGAGUACCUUCCCCCUCAGGGUCUCCCCCGGUACAUACAGCGCCCCCUUAUAGUACAGCACCCCUUCCUUUUCCUCAAACCCCCCAUGGUUUUCUCUUCCGUCUCGGAGUUCCCUGAUUUUAGUUUGAGCGAACACGUCGUUUCUAGUAAGCCCGGCCAGUUCUCGUUUCCCAACCAAGGCCCCCACACACACCCAUCGGUCCUCGGGGAUCACGUGUCGUAUCUCCGGCGGUCCCUCUCCUUCCAUGUACUCUGGCUUCCGGGAGAGAGCAUCUGCUCUUACGUUUUCCUCUCCCGGCACGUAUCGGAUCUCGAAGGAAAACUUGGAGAACUCCUGUGCCCAUCGAAUCUGUCACUGGUUGAGUACUCGUGCGGUCCUCCAGUAUUCCAAGUGCUUGUGAUCAGUACAAACCUGGAUCUUGUGCUGCGCCCCUAUUAACAGAUGUCUCCAUCGGCGAAACGCCGCAUAGAUCGCAAGCAGUUCGCGGUCAUACACCGUAUAGUUUUGCUCCGACUUGCUCAGCUUCCUCGAGAAAAAGGCACACGGCUUCUAUUCCUGCUUGCUCCUCCCUGGCUGCAAAAGUACUGCCCCAAUGGCUCUGUCGGACGCGUCGGUCUCUAGCCUCAUGGGUUUCUCCAGAUCAACGUGUAGGAGCUGCUCUUCCGAAGCGAACGCCUUCUUCAGUCUUUCAAAGGAUUGCUGGGCACUUUCUGUCCAGGCGAACUUCCUUUUGCUACUGAGACAAUCUGUGAUGGGCGCCGUUAAGUGGGCGAAGUUCUUGAUGAACUUCCUGUAGAAGUUGCUGAACCCUAGGAACCUCUGCACAUCCUUCCGGGUUUUGGGGGCUUUCCAUUCCAGCACUGCCUGCACCUUGCUUGGGUCCAUAGCCAGUCCCUUGUCUGACAACUUGUACCCCAGAAACUCGACCUCUCUGGUGUGAAAUUGGCAUUUUUCCAGCUUGACCCACAACUGGUGCUUCUGCAGCCUCUCUAGCACUUCCCUGACGUCUCUGACAUGUUGCUUCUCAUUGUCUGAAUAGAUUAAGACGUCGUCCAAGAAGGCUACGCAGUUCUUGUACAGCAGGGGCCCCAACACGUGGUGCAUGAAUGCUUGAAAGCAGGCGGAGCCCGAUUGUAAUCCAAAUGGCAUGACCAAGUAUUCAAAAGCCCCCAGGGGGGUGAACAUGGUGGUCUUCCAUUCGUCCCCCUCCCUUACCCUGAUCAAAUUGUACGCUCCCCUGAGGUCCAGCUUGGUGAAAAUUUCCCCCUGCCUCACCCGUGUUAAAAUGUCGUCAAUCCUGGGCAUUGGGAAGGUCACGGGUUCAGAUACCAAGUUCAGGGCCCGGUAGUCCACGACCAGCCUGGGCUGAUUAGCCCCUUUUUUGUCCACAAAGAACACCGGACUGCCCCCCACCGCCUUUGAUUCUCUUAUGAACCCCCUCUUCAGGUUCUUGUCAAUAAACUGCCAUAACUCCUGCAUCUCCCUGUCCGACAUGGCAUACAGCUUACCCACCGGCAGCUGAGCCCCUGGGAUUAAGUUGAUUUGGCAGUCAAAGGGCCUAUGGGGGGGUAGUCUGUCCGCCUCCUUCUCGCUGAAGACUUCCUUUAGGUCAGCGUAUGGUGGUGGCACCUCUCCCUUUGUUUCCACCGCCAGCCCAGCCACCCUAGCCACUGUCAUUCUUGGGGUGUCCCCCCCCCCAGACAGUGUUCCAAACAGUAAGCUGACCCAAAGGUGACUGACCGCUGAUGCCAUGACACUACUGGAUCAUGCAGUGCCAGCCAGCUCAUUCCCAGUAUUAUUGGGGGUCCUUCCAGUGUGGCCUCGUGAAAGGCAAUGGUCUCCGUGUGCCUGGAAACCCUCAUUCGCAUUGGCGGGGUCUGGUGUGUCACUUCCCCUCCCAGAAGUUCCCUGCCAUCGAUGGUGGUCACUUGCAAGGGAAAAUCCAGGGGUAGCAAGUGUAUUUGGUGCUCCAAAGUGAAGUCCCUGCUAAAGAAAUUGCAGGAGCUGCCCGAAUCCAGCAGCCCCUCAACCUUGACUGGGUGCCCAUUCGGGAGUUCUAGCACCACUGCUAUGGCUAUCGCUGCCCUGGGGGGGUCAGGCUGGGGCACUUCUAUUGGUUGCUGGCCUGGCUGCUGGCCCCUUUGGUUGGCAGCCAGGCACUGUCGUUUCCCUGCGCCUGCCCUUCGUCCCCCUUAUCCUCACAGCCAGCAGCCCCUACCAUCCCUUGCCAGGCCUUUCUUUGAGGGCAGACCCUUGCAAAAUGUCCCGGCCGUUGGCAGAGGAAACACUUCUUGGUGGUUUUCCACUCCUUCCCCUCCCUCUUGCGACCUUCACUGGAGUUUGAAACCUCUCUCUCGCGCGCGCCACCUAUUUCCAUUGGCUCAGCCGCCUGGGAAAGCUGUCUUGGUAUUUCAGGAAUGUGGUAGUCAUGGCAACGUUCCCCUCUCACUUCGCGUUUCUCCUGAGCCCGCGCUUCCUCCCUCACUCCAAUCGCAAGCACAGCCUUGGUCAGCUGAUCCAUCGACUGCGGGCGGGGCGCGAGGGACAGCUUGUCCUUCACCGUUGGGGACAACCCCUCCUCAAACAACAUUUGAAUAGGUUCAGAGUCCAGAUCCCACCCGAGACGGUGGACCAACAUUGCAAAGCACGGAGGGUGUGGGCAGUGGAGUACCCGUACUCUCUCUGCUGGUCUCCGGCGAGGAGUCUUGGAGCCUCCUCCCCGAUUCCCCCAUCUGCCCCCCUUCUCUACUGGUGUUACGCUGAUUUCCUUCCCCAGCAGACGGGCUCCCUCUCUCCCUACUGGGACCCUCUCCGCCAUCCCUUUGGAGCCUCCCCUCCGCUUCCAGCUCCGAUGGCAGUUCCCUGACAACAAGAAUUGACCAAAUAUGGGUAACUAGAGGAAUGGCACCAAAGACGAGAAAAGUGGAAAUUUGUCCAAAAACCUGCUCCGACCAUAAUGCCGUGAAGAUGGAGAUGAAACUAACACCAACUGGCUCUUUCAGAUGGAGGAUGAAUGACACCUUAUUUAGAGACGAAGAAGUGACUAAGAAGGCCCAAAAAACCUUGAGAGACUAUUUCGAGACAAACAUGAACACUAAUGUUGAAAAAAGAGUAAUCUGGGACGCAAGCAAAGCGGUUAUGAGAGGGUUCUUGAUACAACAGAAUGCAAUAAAGAAGAGAAUCCAAAAUGAGAAGAAAGAUAAAAUUUUGGAGAAAAUAAAGGAAAGUGAGAAGAAAUUGAGAGCAAAACCAAAGUCGCAAGAGAUCUUGAGAGAAAUAAAGUUAUAUCAAGUACAAUAUAUGAAAAUGAUGAAUCAGGAAAUAGAAUGGAAAAUUAAACAAAUGAGACAAAAGACAUUUGAGUCGGCUAAUAAAUGUGGGAAAUUGUUGGCCUGGCAAAUGAAAAAAGACAAAAACUAAACACUAUUAUAAAUCUAGAAGUGGAAGGAAAGAACAUACAGAACCCAGUCGAGAUUAGAAACUGUUUCCAGAGGUACUUUAAACAAUUAUAUACACAAGGGCCACAGAAAGAAAUUGAUAUAGAUCGAUUUUUGAAAAUAAAUGGAUUACAAAAAAUCUCUCAAGAAAACAAAUUAAUGUUGAAUUAUAAAAUAACUGAACAGGAGGUAGAAGGUGCCAUUCAGAAUAUGCAAUUAGGUAAAUCUCCAGGACCGGAUGGAUUGACUUCUAGAUACUACAGAUCUUUAAAAGAAUGGUUGGUACAACCUUUAAAGGAAGUCUGUAAUGAAAUAUUGGAUGGGAAAAGGGCACCAGAGUCGUGGAAGGAAGCGUAUAUUACACUUGUACCGAAAACAGAGACUGAAAAGACGCAACUCAAGAACUACCGCCCCAUAUCACUGCUCAAUGUGGAUUAUAAAAUCUUUGCAGAUAUUUUGGCUAAAAGACUAAAAAAAGUGUUAGUGGAAGAGAUUCAUAAAGACCAAACAGGCUUUCUCCCGGGUAGACACUUGUCUGAUAAUAUGAGAAAUAUAAUUAAUAUUUUAGAAAAAUUACAAGUGAAUAUUAAUACCAAGGCAGUUUUGAUAUUUGUGGACGGGGAGAAAGCUUUUGACAACAUUUCUUGGAGUUUUAUGAAGAAGAACCUACAGGGGAUGGGGGUAGGUCAAGGCUUUGGAAACGGUAUAAGUGUAAUUUAUUCAGAACAAAAGGCUAAAUUAAUUGUCGAUAACGUGGUGACGGAGGAAUUCAAGAUAGAAAAAGGGACACGACAAGGUUGCCCAAUCUCCCCAUUGCUUUUUAUAUCGGUCCUGGAGGUCCUGUUGAAUAUGUUUAGAAGGGACCAAUUGGUUAAAGGUAUACAAGUCGGAGCUAAACAGUACAAAUUGAGAGCAUUUGCAGAUGACUUAGUAUUGACAUUACAGGAGCCAGAAUCUAGUACUAAAAGAGUCUUGGAACUGAUUCAAGAAUUUGGUCAGGUUGCGGGAUUUAAACUGAAUAAGUUAAAAACAAAGGUCUUAGAGAAAAAUUUAACAGCGAUUGAGAGAGAGAGGUUUCAGAAUGAGACAGGUUUAACAGUGGUUAAGAAAGUGAAAUACCUGGGGAUUAACAUGACAGCUAAAAAUGGGAAUUUAUUUAAAGACAAUUAUGAAAAAUGCUGGACUGAGGGGAAAAAAGAUUUAGAAAUUUGGUCAAAUUUGAAGCUUUCACUGCUAGGCCGUAUUGCUGCGAUAAAAAUGAAUGUAUUACCUAGAAUGUUGUUUUUGUUUCAAACAUUGCAAAUUUUGGACAAAAUGGAUUGCUUCAAGAAGUGGCAGAGAGAUAUUUCUAGAUUUGUCUGGCAGGGCAAGAAGCCUAGAAUAAAAUUUAAAAUACUAACGGACGCAAAGUAAAGAGGUGGAUUUGCCCUGCCAGACCUUAAACUUUAUUAUGAAUCAGCAGCUUUUUGCUGGCUGAAAGAGUGGCUACUUCUUGAAAACACAGACAUUUUGGAUUUAGAAGGUUUUAAUAAUGUAUUUGGAUGGCAUGCAUAUUUGUGGUAUGAUAAGGUCAAAGCACAUAAAGCAUUUAAAAAUCAUAUUGUCAGGAAAGCAUUGUUUAAUGUCUGGAUAAGAUACAAGGACCUACUUGAAAAUAAAACCCCAAGGUGGUUGUCACCGAUGGAAGCGAAGGCUCUGAAAAAGCUCAAUAUGGAGGCCAAAUGGCCGAAAUAUUGGGAAAUUUUGGAACAAGAGGGAGAUAAAUUGAAACUGCAGAGUUUUGAAAAACUAAAAAUAAAGUGCGAGAUUGGCUUCAUUAUUAUCAGAUAAUGGAGGCAUAUAAUUUGGAUAAGAAAAUUGGCUUCCAGGUGGAAAAAUCAAAAUUGGAAACAGAACUGUUAGAUUCCAAAACCAAGAUUUUGUCAAAGAUGUAUAACUUGCUGUUGAAAUGGAAUACUCAGGAUGAAACGGUGAAAUCUGCUAUGAUUAAAUGGGCACAAGAUGUUGGACAUAACAUAAUGAUGGCUGACUGGGAACAGUUAUGGACCACAGGUAUGAAGUUUACGGCAUGUAAUGCCUUAAGAGAGAAUAUUAUGAAAAUGAUUUACAGGUGGUACAUGACAUCAGUCAAGCUUGCAAAAAUCUAUCAUUUGCCCGAUAAUAAAUGUUGGAAAUGUAAAGAAACUGAAGGUACAUUCUUUCACCUUUGGUGGACGUGCCUAAGGAUUAAGGCUUUCUGGGAGAUGAUCUAUAAUGAAAUGAAAAAGGUAUUUAAAUAUACCUUCCUGAAGAAACCAGAGGCCUUUCUCCUGGGCAUAGUCGGCCAAUUGGUGCCAAAGAAGGACAGAACUUUCUUUAUGUAUGCCACAACAGCAGCAAGAAUUCUUAUUGCAAAGUACUGGAAGACACAAGAUUUACCCACUCUGGAAGAAUGGCAGAUGAAGGUGAUGGACUAUAUGGAACUGGCGGAAAUGACUGGCGGAAUCCGAGACCAGGGAGAAAAGUUGGUGGAAGAAGAUUGGAAGAAAUUUAAAGACUAUCUACAGAAAUACUGCAAAAUUAAUGAAUGUUAGAAUGAUGUUGGAUUGAAGUUAAAUGGUUUCUAGCCGCAAUGUUAUAAAGGAAUAUGUAAAAAUGGAUUGUUAACAGGUGAUAAUCUAAAGUUACAAUAUAUUAAGAUAAAAGAUUAAGAUAGAAUCAAAG